AGGUGCGCGGGGCUGGCGGAGCGGCCGGCGGCGCGGUCCUCGGGGCUCGGCAGGACGAAGGGAGGAGGGCGGGGAGGCGAAGGACGAGCGAGCCGCAGCAGGUGAAGGCAGGCGUGCAGGAAUGCGGUGAAGCCCGUAUCCCUGAGGGAGGCUCUUCUUGGGCUGCUCGAGAGGGAGCUGCAGCAUCCCGCGCCGGUGGUGGGGCUUGCAUCACAGGGAUGAGGGGAGACUCCUACUUCUUUGGAAUGCGAGGCCUCGGUCACUAUGGCUGCAUCCCAGAGGACGGAGGACAGUUCUUGCUCUACUCUAUUCAUGGAGACUACGGUUUAAAGAGAUGUUUUGCAGAGGAAGAUUUUCAUGAAAUAAUUGACUUCAACGAUCUCCCGAAUUCUCUCUUUGCUUGUAAUGUUCACCAGUCUGUGUUUGAAGAUGAGGACAGUAAGGAAAAAUUUGAAGGCUUGUUCCGUGCCUAUGAUGACUGUGUGACAUUCCAGCUGUUUAAAAGCUUCAGGCGUGUGCGGAUAAAUUUUAGUAGUCCCAAAUCAGCUGCUCGUGCCAGAAUAGAGCUGCAUGAAACACAGUUCAGAGGGAAGAAGUUAAAGCUGUAUUUUGCACAGAUUCAGACCUCUGAGACAGAUGGAGACAAGCUUCAUCUGGCACCACCACAGCCUGCAAAACAGUUUCUCAUCUCGCCUCCAGCCUCCCCACCUGUAGGGUGGCAACCAAUAGAUGAUGCAACACCUGUCAUCAACUACGACCUCCUUUAUGCAGUUUCUAAGCUAGGACCAGGAGAGAAAUACGAGCUGCACGCAGGAACAGAGUCCACUCCCAGUGUGGUGGUGCACGUCUGCGACAGUGACAUGGAGGAAGAUGAGGACCCAAAGAAUUCUCCAAAGCCAAAAAUCAUUCAAACUCGACGCCCUGGUCUGCCACCUCCUGUAUCUAACUGAGCCUCUCCGGCAGAAGCAGCACUUCUCUCCUCCAGCACAGCUCUUGGGUUUUUUUUGCUUUGUUUUGUUGAAAGGCAGCCAUUGCCUUUUGAGUACCAGGACAUAAAACUCAUUUAAAUCCCUUCUCAGUAAUCAAGCCUAUGUAAUAAAAGGGCUAGGAAAAAGAUCUUUGUAUAUGUAACCAUAUCACACACCAACUAACAGAUUUUUCUGGAAAGGACAAAACAAGGCUGAAGAAACAAGGGAGGGGCUCAGUCUGAGGAUUUUUUUCACAGCUAUAAUUUGCAUGGUGAAUCCUCACUACCAGAGAGAAAGUUAAUGGUGGGCAAUUAGGCUUGAUAUUCAAACUCCCAGAAUACUUGCUACUUCCCUUCACCAAGCAGCCUGCUCCUCUUACCUCAGUUGCCCAGCAGACCUUAGUCUUUGUCCUUUUUUUUCCCCAGGGUGGAUAGGGCAGGGGAGGGUUUGUGUAUUUGGUUGAAUAUAUUAGCAGCUUGGUGGCCUUUUCACCCCCCCUUCCACCUACAGCUGUAGAGUACACCAGUCCUUAAUGGUGGCAGGAAUGUCAGACAGAGCUCUCUGGGCUGAAGGGAGAAGUGGGAGCUUGCUGGGGGUACUGAAGUCUUUCAGUCCUUCUCUCUAGAGGAGGAGGGAGCCAGAAUAUCAAUAGGGAUUGCCAUUUUAUCUUCCAUAAAGGGAUGAGUGGUAUUUCUCUCUGAGUUUGGGGAAGAAGGAGAAGAUAACUGACUGCUUGUUUAAGAUGGGAUUCAUUGCUCUCUCAUAGCUGUAAGUUCCAGUGAUGAUACAGGCUGAAUGCUUUCCUAGUGGUGUGUUGAAUAGCCCUGAAACUGUUAGUAAUUUACUUGUACAUUCAGGUCUGUUCAGACCUUUUCCCUCCCCUUUUCCUGUGCUUUAAAGCCUUUUUUGAGCUGUACGCAGUUUGGGUUUGUGGAGGUGAGGAGAGGUUAGUUGGUGUUCUUUUGUCUUUUGUUGGGUUUUUUCUCUUUUUUUUUCUUUUUUUUUCUUUUUUUUAGGCCAAAGAAAACAGGACCAUAAUUACACACUUGAAAUUAGACUGCAUGCAAUCAAAUCCCCUUUUUUCACUUUGUCCUGCAUGUUUCUUUCACUUGCAAUGUAUACUGGGUUACAAAAGAUGUUCUAUGUUUUCAUCGUGUCUGACAGCAGACAAGAUACUGGAUUCCCUGUCUGGCAGAUCUUCCCAUGAUGAUUUUUUUUUUUUUAAUGCAUACUUGUCAUUUUGAGAACAUAUUUUCUAGACACGUGAGCUCAGACUUUGCAUAUAUUUAAGCAUGCGCUUAAUUUAUGCGCAUGAGUAGUUCCACUGAAAUUAAUACUGCAGAAAACUGAGCGUAUGUGUAAGAUGAGGUGGGAUUUUUAAGCUAAUUAGGUGCAGCUGUACUCCCAAAAGUGACUAUAAAAUGGCACAGUGGGAUUCCACAGUUUAAAAUCCUUUACAAGUCAAAAUAUUUAAAACAUUUUCGAAGCUCAUUCUAGGAUCUGAAAAGUCAGCUUUAGGUUCUGUCAUCAAGAUCUUUAUCGUAAAACCUAAUGAUCUGCUUUCUGAGGGAGGGUUCCAUUCCACAAUCAAUCAGCAGUGAGGCUAAAAGCUUUAGCAGUCACAUUCCCCUCGCUGGGGGAUUGGCUCUGCAGGAAAGCAUAUUGCUUUGUCAGUGGAGAAAGGAGAUGCUAUUCUCACAUGCAUGGUGAGGAUGUCCUGAGAAUGAGGACCUGACAUUCUCAUAUGUUUCAUUCUCUGACCACCACAGACCCCUAAUAUUCCUGUUGAGGUGUAGUGCUUUACUUAGCAUAUAUUAAUAAUGUGAUACUUGUUACUGCAUUAUGGAGAUCAUUGUGUGUGUGUUCCACUAAUAGAAGCACAUUAAAUACAACAGAGACGGAAGAAAAAAUGGGGCUUUAAUAUCCUCAUGAUAUCGGUGUAAGGUUGUCUUAAAGUAACUCCUUAGAGUUUUCACUUCAGUUAUUUUUUCAGUGUUGCAUUUAGAAUUGGUUUAAAUAAAGGAAUUGUUACUCAGUGCCCUAGGACUAUAACCUGAUUCAAAACUGUUGUGGACACCCUAAGUAUUUCAGGAGUAACACUACUGGUUUUUUUUGAGAACAUACAGAACACUGAGGUCCAUGGGUUUUAGACCAGUAUAAACAGGCAGAGUAGGGUUUAAACUAAGAUUUUUUUGUUGAUGGAUGCUGUAUGGAAGAAUUUAAUGGUCACAUCCUCAGCUGAUGUAAGUGAUCAGAGAUCAUAGAAUCAUAGGGUUUGGAAGGGACCUCUGAAGAUAAUCAAGUCCAACCUCCCUGCUGCAGCAGGAUCACCUAGGGCAGAUCACACAGAAAGGCACCCAGAUGGGUCUUGAAAAUCUUCAGAGACGAGGCUCCACAACCUCUGUGGGCAGCCUGUCCCAGUGCUCUGUCACCCUCACAGUAAAUAAGUUUUUCUUCCUGUUGAGGUGGACCUUCCUUGAUACUCUGGAUUUUUUUUACAUGCAAAAAUCUUGGAGGCUGAAUCUAGUCCUUGUAUCCAUGUACUCAAAUUUUGGAGACUUGGUUUUGAACGACAGACUUUGGCCUCAAACGAUGCAAUACAAGACUGCAAAUGAAAGCAUUGAUCUUAAAUGCCCUUUCUUCAAAGUGCAUUUUCAGACAGAUUUAAAACCAGGCCCUACUCAAUGACUACUCUUUGUCUUUAUAAAACUAUGUAGUUCUACCCAGGAGGAGGUGGGACAUGGCUCAUUGAUUAAAGCACAGAAAUAGAAACUACAACCCUGAAAACUCAAAGCAGCUUGUUCUAACUACAUUCAAAGCUAAUAUGUCAACUUUAUAUGAUAAAAUAACUAUUAUAAUUGAAAAAUAUUUCAGGUAUUAUGGAAUAAUGUCCCUAUCAUGAAAGUAACAGCAUUUGUGACUCUUCAGAGAACCUGGUAUUUUGCUGAAGGCUGGAUCUUACCUGGCACAAAAGAAAGGCUUCUUUCAAAAAAUGCUGAACAUCUGGAAGAGUAACUGUCCCAUUUAAUUUGGUCCUUCAGAGGCAGAGCCCCAGCUUCCUUCAGUGAGAAUUUACUUUUGGGAGCUCAGUCCCUCUGCCUUGUACUUUCCACAGGGUGUCUGUAAUGCUCAGGUAGAUUCUCUCAUGUCAUAAUACGAUAAAUACGGAUUAAAUCUCUGUGUUGCAUUCCAGCAUCUGAUGCAUGGUGACACAGAUGACAGUCCUUUUAAUUUCCUUUCCAAAGCAGGAGCUCAUGGGAGCAGCUGGCAGUGAUGCCCUCAGGCCCUCUGCUGAGUGGACCUUGCUCCUGCUGCUGGUUGGAAAUUACAGAGGGAAAUUAGGGAGUACAGUUGCUGAUUCUGUUGCCCACUGCGUGCUUGUCCUUUCUGACUUUGUCAGCUACAAAAUGAAAAUUUUAAUGACUUCUAAGUAAAAAGCAUGAGAACAUUUACAAUGCAUGGUGAAAGGGUAUUUUGGAAUCUGCUCUUUUGGAGCAAAGAAUUUAUAUGGCCUUGAUUUUUAUAAUUAAGACAAGGUAGUACAGACUCCCCCCUUCCUAACACAUACAUGUGCACUGGAGUACACUUUGUUUUCAGCAAGAGAACAAGGCCAGACUGUCCCUUCCUCAAACAUAACAAGAUGGUCACUACAUACAUAGAUUUUGUAAAGUGCUUUACGUUAUAAAAAUAUGGCCCAUGGAUAAAUUGUUUAACAUUUACUUGAUCCCAAAUUGGGUGGGAGGGUUGGGUUGGUUUUAUUUUGGUCUUUUUUACCCUCCUUCCCAUUCGGCAACAGCGAAAAUCCUUCUGCAAAAAGAAAGACUUCUGUGUACAGAGUAAUAGACUGAACCAUCUUGCCAGACUUGAUUACAGCAGGAUGUCUGAGCACUGUGACAGGUUAUGUUAGCAGCAUUUCUGUGAUAUUGUACAUACUUUUGAAAUACUCUAUUUAGUCAUGUUUUAUAGGCUAUUAAAAAGCGAUCGGCCAAUUAAUCACUUUUACACUUGUAUAAUUCAGAGCUUAGUUUAAAAAAAUAAACAUGGCAAACAGUGUUUUUGUGUUCUGCUUCCAUUGGUAUUUUGAAAAGCAACAUUUUGAAGAGUUAAACUAUAUUAAUAAACUGACUAGUGUGGUAUGCACUACUGCUCUCUUAACUGGUAGAACUGAAAACGCUUAAAUGUGUGAUAUAGGCCAAUAUUUCUUUCAGUAGAAAUCAGAGGGGGAGGGGGAAUACCCCUCUUAUUGGCAGGAUGUGCCAUGUUCCAUUUUCAGCUGCUGCAGUUUCACAGUCAUGUAAACUCACACUGGUUUGCUGUGGAUUUGGCUGGAUGUACACACAGAAAAUCCAAACAAACAGCACAGUCCCUGGUGAGCAAAAGCACCUCCCUGACUGCUGAUGUGGUUCUUGCUAUGCUUUUGUAGCAAUGGGUGAAUACAGUGGGCAUGAGUGCUUGAACAAGGAACAUGGCAUCCAGCUGCCAUCCAGGCUGGGGAAAAAGUUCUCUUACAUUAAUAUUACAAAAAUUGAAACUGUUUGUGGUCUUGUGUCAGUUUGUACUGGAUCUUUGAGAGGACUGGAAACCAGGCAAUGAAUUUGCUGAGUAACUGUCUUGUGAAAUUGUUUUAUCUGAUGACUCAGAUCUGCAUUUGGAAAAAAUGGGGGUUUUUUUGCUGGGUGCCUGGUAUAAAAGGCUCAGUUUCUCAAAGGAUGAUUGUUUUGUGAUUCUGAAAAUGAGAUCCGCUUCAGGAGUCUCACUGGAAACAUAAGCUCUGAGCUCACAGAUUCCUUUUGAACAGACAGGCUUUAAACUCCGUGUUUUGAUUAGAAAAAGUUGUCAUCUUACAGAGUCCUUUAGAGGUAAAAUGUACUAGGAGGCCUGAUCUGUUGUUCACUGUUGAGCAACAAAUGAGCUUUCCCCAACUACAGUAAAGUUAUUCCCCUGAUCCAAUUGAAAUGUUGCAUUAUCAACAUGCUGAUUGUGGCUCUUCCAUCUUGCUUGGCACUGCACACAGCACCUGGAAAUAACCUUCAAGGCUUCAGUGCUAAAUGGUAGAGAUCUGCACGUCCCAGAGGAUCUCAAACUGAUCCCUGGUUUGAGGACAUGACUGUAUGCUUAUCACUUCAGUAAGCUGUACACUGAAAUAGGCCAUGUUUAUUUAUACUGGGAAUUUGUGCAUGCGAGUGAUAAGGUGCAGCCUGACCCUGUGUGAUACUGAAUAACAGGAGUUAGGAGUGUUCCUCUCAGGUGUGGCAGGAGCCUGAGGCUGCCCUGGCUCCUGCCUUGGUUACUCCCAGAUGUGUUGGGCAGUGCAGCCCAGACUCCAGCCCUGCAGCUGGUCUGUAGUUACCACCUCACUCCCUGAUGAUGGGCCCAACUUAGCACCUCACAGGGGUUGGGUCCUUCAGCAUUUUACUGAAUGAUCGAAUCUUCAGUCAGGCUGGGGUUGUUAGAAGUCUGGAACAGCUUGCUUGAAGGGAAGGCACUAUCUGUCACAGAUCUGAAAAGCUGGAACAAACUUCCUCUGGAAGAGGGGAUUUAAGGAGGUUGUGGAUAUCCUGAUCAAAGUGUGUUGAGAAUCUUGACUAGAAUUAUUUUUGUUCCUUCUUCAGUGGUAAACAUUUUACCACUAGACAUUUAGCCACUUAAGGCUUUCUCUCACAUACUGGUAUGAAUGUAAGACCUUUGCAUUUCCUUGAUUCCCCUCUGCCCAAGAAAUCAUACUAAGUUCUGUUUUACCAAAAAGCAAAAACCAGGUAUGGAUUGAAGACAGACCCUCAUUUAUACUUAUCUCUUGAAUAACUGUUUAUGCUAGCAAAAGAAACCCAAAAACCAAGCACUGCUUCUAUUUUAGCACAUCUUCUGGGGAAGUUUGGGGGCAUACAGCAGUUUUAAAUAUUCCAGACUCCUUAAAAGGAGAUUUUUUUUCUAAUGUGAGCUGUACUCUUUUUUAAAUACAUACAGACUCUGGCAUUCAGGGGUAAAAUUACAAGGCCAGAAGUGUUGUAAAAGCUCCUUCCCAAAUUUCUGUUUGAAGUGCUGAGUGUAUUUGCUUUGGCUUGGUGGGGAGGGAAGCUUGCACUGUUAGAAGCAGAACAGCAGCAACACUCCUGAUGGAAGGGCAAGAACCCUGAAUGCCUCCACUGCAGAGAUGCUCAGAAAACAUUGAAAAAUAGCCUUAAGUUGUCUUUUCCCCUGUUGUCAUCUUGUUCAGUUGCUACCCAGAGAUUCUGAGGCUGCAGUAAGAGUCAUCCCUGGGUCCUUUUAAUACAAGAUCGUGUCCUGACGCAGUGGCUAUGAAGCCCAGAAUUUGGAACAUUUCUUAGGGAGAUUCUUGCUGCAGUAAGGCUGGGAAAGCUGUAGAAAUGUGAGCAGCCUCAAAGUUAAGGAAAGAUAAAGAUAUUCAGAACUUUAAGACAGACUCCAGGAUUUAAAUCCCUGUAAUUGAGAGCUGUAUUAAGAAAGGCCCAUUUGCUGUCCCGGAGUCAGGGGCUUCCUCACUCACCUGAGUAAGAGUAUCUAGCAAGAAGGAUUACACUUCUGUUACACACCAGAAAAACAGCCUUGUUUUAACCAAUUACUGUAAGGAAUCAUUUCUCUAGGAGGAGACAGUUGUGUCUACAUUAGUGUCACACAGAUUUUUUCCCUUCACUAUUUCUUUAAUGAAAGUAAAUGUUUUUAAUCCAUUUUAGAGCUGAGUUCUUGUUCAGAAACUUCUGAAAGAAAUGCCAUCUGUAAUGACUGACAGAUCUUUAAGUGUCAAAUUUGGCAAGUUGUCCUACUGUGGGUAGCUGCAGAAAUAUUUCAUGUAUGUUGUUGUAGAUUUAAAAACAUAACUCAUGUUUUCAUUCAAGUGUCUGCAUUUCUGACACAGAUGUGACAUAUCUGUAUAUAUUACAAAUCAAUACUAUUUUUAACCACAUAUUUUGUACAAAUAUUCACAUUAGCUCUGUACUUCAGUGAAAAUCUAUUAUGGUAUUAAACAUUUUGGUGGAAUUAGCAAA